AUGGGACCAUUAAACCUCCUCACAGCUUUGGCUCUAUCCGUGUGCUGUCACGUUCAGUUUGCGACGGCUUGGACCGUGAAUAACUUCCUCAUGACUGGACCUAAGGCUUUUCUGACGUAUGCCAGCAGUGUGCAAGUGGGCGCACAGAGUGGGAUUCAGGAGUGUAAACAACAGUUUGCGUGGGAGAGAUGGAACUGUCCAGAGAGCACGCUCCAAUUAUCCACGCACAACGGCCUUCGAAGUGCCACAAGAGAAACAUCUUUUGUCCACGCUAUCAGCGCAGCCGGAGUAAUGUACACGCUCACCAAGAACUGCAGUAUGGGGGACUUCGAGAACUGUGGCUGCGAUGACUCCAGAAUUGGACAAACAGGUGGCAGAGGGUGGAUUUGGGGAGGCUGCAGUGAUAAUGUGGCGUUUGGAGAGAAGAUCUCCAAGCAGUUUGUGGACGCGUUAGAAGGUGGACAUGACUCGCGCGCAGCAGUCAACCUGCACAACAACGAGGCAGGCAGACUGGCAGUGAAAGGCACCAUGAGGAAAGCCUGCAAAUGUCACGGAGUGUCUGGGAGCUGCAGCAUCCAAACCUGCUGGAUGCAGCUGGCAGAUUUCAGGGAGGUUGGAAACUAUCUGAAGAAGAAGCACGAACAAGCAAAGAAGCUGGAGAUGGACAAGAAGCCCGCGAGAGCUGGGAACAGCGCAGACAACAGGGGAGGCAUUGCACACGCGUUUCGUGGCAUCCCACGGACGGAGCUCAUCUACCUGGAGGAUUCCCCGGACUACUGCCUCAAGAACCAGAGCAUGGGAUUCCAGGGCACCGAGGGACGGGAGUGUCUGAAGGGGAACAAGAACAUGUCCCAGUGGGAGAGGAAGAGCUGCCGCAGGCUGUGCUAUGAGUGCGGCCUCAGAGUGGUGGAGAAGCGCAUCGCGGUGGUCAGCAGCUGCAACUGCAAGUUCCACUGGUGCUGCACAGUGAGGUGCGACAAAUGCACGCAGAUUGUCACCAAGUAUUACUGUGCGCGCAAAGAGAGCGGGAGGAAACAGCACAAUAAAGCCAAGCGCAGGCACCGUGGGCGCAGGCACUGAUCCUCAUCUGUUGCAAAGACUAUGCAGCCAAUUCUGCUCAUUACUUUUCAUUUAUGGACACAGUUUUCUCAGCUGUCAUGUUAAUUGGAGAUUUUAUAAUGCACUUUAUCUAAAUUAGUUCAUCCUGAUUGUUUAUAUGCAGGAUGAGGACCAAAC